GUCGGUCCGCUCGCGCGCGCGGCCCCGCCGCCCCACGCACGCGCCUCCCUCGCUCCCGGCGCUAAAGCUCGCGCGCACUUCUCUCCAGGCCCGCGAGCGUUCGACUACCGCCGUCCAGGUCCCUCUGAAACCCGGUCGCACCAUGUCUUCGCCUCCCGAGGGGAAGCUAGAGACGAAAGCUGGACACCCGCCCGCCGUAAAAGCCGGUGGGAUGCGAAUUGUGCAGAAACACCCGCAUGCUGGAGACACCAGAGAAGAGAAGGACAAAGACGACCAGGAGUGGGAAAGCCCCAGUCCACCCAGACCGACCGUGUUCAUCUCCGGUGUUAUCGCCCGGGGCGACAAGGACUUCCCCCCGGCGGCUGCCCAGGUGGCCCACCAGAAGCCCCACGCCUCCAUGGACAAGCACUCUUCCCCGAGGACACAGCACAUCCAGCAGCCUCGCAAGUGAUGGCGAGGACCCAGCGCCCUCACCAGCCGGGCCUCAGUUCCCCGACACUUGGUAUUUCCCCAGCAAAGAGAACUGGUAUUUUCUUCAAGACACUGCUCCAU